CGUGUUUUACGAGGUAAUUGUCUGUUUAAAAAGAAGACAAAAACCCCCAAAAAAACUACACAUCCCAGAAUGCACCACGGCUCCAAUGUCUCUUUGUUGCCGGAAAGCUACCGGAGAAUGCUAGGACACAAUGAUCUUCCGAGGUUGGAUAAAGGAGACUCGGCUCAGGAGGAGGAACAGCAGGCGGAGAAAAUCAUCUCAAACCCAGAUGGAUUUUUCCCAGACUGCUCCCCAGCAGUGGCUCAGUUUCUCCAGGCUGAGCUGGAACUCAGCGCUCGUCUGCGAACUUUGACCUUUAGGGAUCCGGUGCGUUAUGUGUACAACCCGCUGGAGUACGCGUGGGACACGCACCGUCUCUAUGCUGAGAAAUACUGCCACGGCGGACAGAGCGUCCUGUUCCUGGGGAUGAACCCGGGACCGUUCGGCAUGGCGCAGACCGGAGUUCCAUUUGGUGAGGUAAAGGCUGUGCGUGAUUGGCUGAAGAUCUCCGGAGAGGUGGGUCAUCCUCCUAAAGAGCAUCCGAAACGUCCAAUCAGAGGCUUUCUGUGCUCUCAGAGCGAAGUGAGUGGCGCGCGGUUCUGGAGUUUCUUCCAGGAGCUCUGCGGAGAACCCGAACACUUUUUCCGUCACUGUUUCGUCCAUAACCUGUGCCCGCUGAUGUUCAUGGCCGAGUCGGGGAAGAACGUGACGCCCCCCGAGAUGCCCGCCGAAGACCGCGCCACGCUGCUGAGCCACUGCGAUGCCACGCUGUGCCAAGUGGUACGUGCCCUCGGCGUUUCCAUGGUGAUCGGAGUGGGCAAGGUGGCGGAGCAGCGAGCCCGACGCAGCCUCGCCGAAGCCGGAGUGGAAGUGAAGGUGGAGGGAAUCAUGCACCCUUCACCCAGGAACCCGCUGGCCAAUAAGGGCUGGGCUUCUGUGGCUCGAACCAAAUUAGAGCAGAUAGGGGUGUUGGGUUUGCUCACCAAGUGACUGAACACUUACAGAAUGUUUUUAUUUGUAUAUAUUGUUUUAUAUAAAGUACACUACACUCAGUGCGUCCUUUAUCUCAAGUAUAGUCAAUCAGACGACUGACUAUACACAAAUACCACGCUGUUAUAUGUACAGUACACGUAUCUAUAGCUAUAUAUUUAGUACAUGAUGCUAAUCUGGAGGCUAUUAGCUUCCAUUACCUGUUAGCAGCAUUAACCUUGUAGCUUCAGUACAAAACAAAAGACACAGAACAAACUUCACACAGCGAACACGUCUCGACCGAGCGACUAAACUCGGAGUAAAGAAAAACAUUGCAUACGUUUUAUUUUGGCUGAAUUGCUCCUUUAAUAAGCUACAAAAUCUUUCUCUUUUUCUUUUCUAAAAUACUCAGUUACUGCAUUUUAUUUGAAAUAGAAAGAAAGAAAAAUUGCAAUAGAAAGAUGUAAAGAAUGAAAGAAAAAUGGAAAGAAAUAAAUAAAGACAUAACAGACAGAAAGGCAUAAUAGAAAGAAAGAAAGAAAGAAAAAAAAAUCACAACAUAGAGAUGUGCAGAAAUAAAAAAUGAAUGAAAGAAAAAUUACAAGAGAAAUAUAAAGAAAGAAAAAAGAAACAGACAGAAAGACAUAAUGGGGGGAAAAAUGAAGUAAAGAAAGAAAAAUGAAAUAGAAAUAAAUAAAUAAAUAUCAUAACAGAAAGGUGUAAUAGAAAGAAAGAAAAAGAAAGAAAGAAUGGAAAGAAAAAAAUUACAACAGAAAGUUGUAAAGAAAGAAAACAAAGAUGGAGAGAAAGAGAGAUAUUUUCUUUUCUGUGCUGAGUGAACUCCUCAUCGUUACAUUUUAUUAUUAUUUGUUUCACUCGAGUGUAUAAUAAUAAAUAAAUAAAUAAUAAACACUGCAAGUGUGAACCGUUUUAUAGUUUUUGUAUUUGCUAACUGUAAAUAUUUUAUAAAGAAAGUGGGCGGAGUCUCUUCUGUAUUAUAUUUCCGUGUGUCACGGCUCGUCAAACUCGUUCGUUAUAAUAAUAAUAAGAGACGUUUUAUUAAAUCUAGUCCGAGUAAAUCUGUUAAUUUUGUUACGAUUAGAUUCGUUUUAAACAUUUUUCUGUUUUUAUAUGAAUCCUGCUUCAAACACUGACAUGUUCUGUAAGAAAAAAAGACUCAAAACUUAAAAAUUAAAAAUGAUUUUUUUUUU